GCAACCCUGUCGAAUGUCAAUUUAUUGUAAACUUUGUUUACGCGUGUUAUUCUUGUCAAUUUAUUAAAAAAACACAAAAAAGAAACGUGAAAUAAAAUAAUCAAAACAAGAUGACGUCCGUACAUUGUCAACUAUGGAUGGGAAGUCUGGAAUCAUACAUGACGGAGAAUUUCAUAAUUGCCGCAUUUCGCAAAAUGGGCGAAGAUCCAACAACAGUGCGUCUUAUGCGUAAUAAAUACACAGGUGAGCCCGCGGGCUACUGUUUUGUUAAUUUCAUAUCGGAUGAUCACGCACUGGAUGCCAUGCACAAGCUAAAUGGAAAACCCAUACCUGGCACAAAUCCCAUUGUGCGUUUUAGACUAAACUCUGCGAGCAAUUCGUAUAAACUGCCAGGAAAUGAGCGUGAAUUUAGUGUUUGGGUGGGUGAUCUUAGCUCAGAUGUGGAUGACUACUCCUUGUACAAGGUCUUCUCCAGCAAAUACACAUCGAUCAAAACAGCCAAAGUAAUCCUGGACAGUCUGGGCUUUUCUAAGGGCUACGGGUUUGUGCGUUUCGGCAUUGAGGAUGAGCAGAAAUCAGCACUGUACGAUAUGAAUGGUUAUGUUGGUUUAGGCACUAAGCCCAUAAAGAUAUGCAAUGCGGUACCCAAGCCAAAGGCGGAGCUAAGCGCUGCACUGGGCAAUGGCGGCAACACUUAUGGCUACGGAGGCUCCAGCACAGCGUCCACAUCUUCAACGAGUGCAGGCGGUGCUGAUUAUUCGCAAUAUUAUGAUCCGACCAGCACCUACUGGCAGGGCUACAAUGCCUGGCAAGGCUAUUAUGAACAAGGCGCAGCUCCUUCAAUAACAGAUGCUGCCGCCUACUAUCAACAAGCAAUGUCCCAAUCCCACUCAAAUCCACAGACACUCGCUCAGCACGCCGAAGCGUGGAGCGCACAGCGCAGCGCUCAAUACGAGCAGCAGCAACAGCAGCAGACUACCCCAACUAACGGCACUGCCGCUGUUGAAGAUGAUUACGGAUUGGAGGAUCAUAAGUUUGUGCUGGAUGUGGAUAAACUCAAUCGAGAGACUAUCGAUUCAGAUCGUCACCUCUAUGAUGCUUUGGAGAGCUCCAAAUGGCUGCCCAUAGAGCAAUUGGAGGUUUAUUAGAAAUAAUUAUGGUAAAUAAUAUUGUAAAUUUUAA